AUGAAAUUGUUAAAUCAAUACAGUUUUCUUAUUUCAAGCAUCGCGAUGGCGGACUGUGAAAAAAAUGAUGAAAUAUAUAUUUACCGAAGAACUCACGAAAACCAUCCAAUGCAAAGAGCUUUCUCUCUGAACGCCAAGAAAAGGAUCUGCUUCAGAAAAUUUGAUAGAGAGGGCCUCUCGGGCAUGGAUCCCACUAGAAAGAGAGCAAUGGAAACCCCAGAAAUUAACAAUGAUAUAAACGACCAAGACGGCAGAAAAAAGACUAAAGGCCUCGGUCUCGGCGAGUUGCGUGACAGCAAAGGUUUUAAGCUCAAAAUUCAAAAUUCAAACAGUCUGAGAAACAAACAAGUUGACCCAGACUAUACUACCAAAAUCGAAGGUCCUUUGAGAAAAGUCGUUCCUUACUUUUUCACUUACAAGACAUUCUGCAAAGAGAGAUGGAGGGAUCGCUUGCUGAUAGAUAUAUUUGUGAACGAGUUUAGGGAUAAGGAAGAGUCUUAUUAUCGUAAAACUGUUGCUGCUGGUGCGGUAAAACUCAACGGUUGCGCGGCCAAUCUUGAAUCUGUCGUAAGGAAUGGAGACCUGAUCUCACACAGAAUACAUCGGCACGAGCCCGCUGUAACGUCGCGACCGAUUAAAACUGUGUUUGAAAAUGAGGAUAUUCUUGUUAUAGACAAACCAAGUGGCAUUCCGGUCCAUCCCACAGGGAGAUAUCGAUUUAAUACCGUGACGAAAAUUUUACAAAAACAAAUGAAUACAUCUAUUCACCCCUGCAACAGGCUUGAUAGACUAACAAGCGGCCUUAUGUUCAUGGCAAAAACGCCUCGUGGCGCCGAUGAAAUUGGAAAUCAGAUGAAGGCUCGUGAAGUCAGGAAAGAAUACAUCGCUCGUGUCGUGGGAGAAUUUCCUUCGCAUGAGAUUACCGUUGAAAAGAUGCUUCGGUCUGUUGAGCCUCGCCUAGCGCUAAAUUCCACUUGUGAAGAAGGAACCGAGGGUGCUAAGCAUGCCAGAACCGUAUUUAGGCGAAUAAGCUACGAUGGGCAAACGAGCCUUGUAAAAUGCCAACCGUUGACCGGACGCACGCACCAGAUACGUGUACAUCUACAAUUUUUGGGCCACCCAAUUGCUAACGAUCCCAUAUAUUCAAAUCCUCACGUCUGGGGUCCUACUUUAGGCAAAUAUUGCAAUGUUGACUACGACCGGGUCAUAGAAGAACUCAAUGAAGUCGGGAAAACGGUCUCUGCUGAAAGUUGGUUUUAUCCUAAUUCCAAGGGAGAGGUUUUGGCCGGCGAGCGAUGUCAGAUUUGCGAGACUGAGCUUUACACAGACCCGGGCCCGAACGACCUAGAUCUGUGGUUGCAUGCGUAUUGCUACGAGUCAACUGAAUUUGACGAGAACGACCAGAGGCUCUGGAGUUAUAAAACCACAUACCCCGGCUGGGCCCUAGAGCCGCACAGAAAAUUCAUGCUCCAGGCUAUCGAAGAAGCGCAAAAAUGCCCUCCGACUACGACAGCCUUCUCUGUGGGUGCCGUGCUAGUAAAUGGGGAUAGAGUGCUUUCAACAGGUUAUUCGCGCGAACUACCAGGAAAUACGCAUGCCGAACAAUGUGCCCUAGAGAAGUAUUUUAAAGUGUCAGGCACCAACGAGAUUCCGUUGGGCUCCGUUCUUUAUACAACGAUGGAACCUUGUUCUCUGCGAUUAAGCGGAAAUAAGCCUUGCGUCGAUCGCAUUAUUGAGUUGAAUCCUGGGAUAAAGACCGUAUUUGUCGGCGUUAUGGAGCCUGACACUUUCGUCAAGAACAACAUAAGUGCAGCUAAAUUGUUGAGACAUGAUAUUGACUACGUUCUAAUACCUGGUUAUGAAGAAGAGUGCACUAAGGCUGCCAUAAAAGGCCAUGAGACUUAG